AGACUAAAUCUGAAGUUGGUUGCAGAAACUCUCCUCUGUCGCUCAGGCUCCACUUUCAUUUGCAUCCAGCUCUGAUUGCACGGUUACAACGUUCAGUCUAACAUUACUGAGGUUCAGUCUAACAUUACUGAGGUUCAGUCUAACAUUACUGAGGUUCAGUCUAACCUCGGCUCUCUGUUCGAGGUAAAUUACAUGUGUUUGUGCUGGAUGUGCAGGGAGGAGCGGCUGGGUGCGGCGCAUCUCUGCAGCUAUUAAUAACCAUCACAGCCUUUAUGUCAACCCAGAUCAGGCUGUUUAUCAGAUUCCCUUAUAAAUUUGGUUUGCUCCAAUAAACUUAAAAUAUAUGCUGCAAUAAAAACCUCUUAAGUUUCUUUAUUAAUAAUCUCUAACAACAUUUCUAAACAAAGCUGGUCUGGCAGCUGAUGUUAAAUUAAAAACACAACCAGUAUCUAAAAUAUUAUUGAUCCUGCUUCAUAUAAAGGUUCUCAAUGCUUUGAUCACAUUUUAAUUACUGCACAUUUUAAUAAAGCUCUGUUUCAGUUGCUAUUUGUUCAUUCAGCUCCGACAGUCAGAAAUAACCUGAACUAGUUUUAAAGUAAUCAGACCCAUUAAUAGGACAAAAUGUGUCAGAAUGUCCAACAGGUGAAGUAAUCAGUUCAUGUUUCACCCCACAGUGAUUAAGCUCUGAUUUCUCCCUCAUGUGUGGAAAGUUCUCCCUCGUUCUUCUUCUCCUGGUUUGGAUAAAUCACUCGUCUUCCUCCACCUCCUCUUCUAGAAAGCGUUCCCUGCGUGAGGCUCCGCCCCCUUCCCUCCCUCCUGAUCCGUCCAGCCGCCCUGUCAGUCUGGGUCCAGACCGUUUCUGAAGCUGAAGGAAAGAUGUCGCUCCGCAGCCUGCUGGCUCUGCUGGGACUCCUCUUCCUCUGCAAAGGUGAGUCCGGCACCGAGGAGCCCUGUGAUAACUUCACGGACCUGGACCUGUCCCACUGCUUCAUGGGGACCAGCCUGUACGUCCGCCUGCUGCUCUACACGCGCUCCAACCCGGACUGCGGCCGUGAGGUCGCCCACCACCGCCUGUCCUCCCAGCCGCUCCUGGACCUGCGGCGCCCCACCGCCUUCGUCAUCCACGGCUACCGGCCCACCGGGGCGCCGCCCAUCUGGAUCAACCGCAUCGUGCGCCUGCUGGCCGAGCAGGAGGACAUGAACGUCAUCGUGGUGGACUGGAACCGAGGAGCGGCCAACCUCAACUACUUCACCGCCGUGACCUACACCAGGGAGGCGGCGCUCAACCUGACGGGCUUCAUCAGAACCAUGGAGGAGGAAGGCGCCUCUCUGAGCUCCAUCCAUCUCAUCGGCGUCAGCCUGGGAGCUCACCUGGCCGGGUUUGUGGGAGCGAACCUGAAGGGAGCGAUCGGCCGCAUCACAGGUUUGGACCCAGCCGGGCCGAUGUUCACCAGCGCCACCCCGGAGGAGCGGCUGGACCCGUCGGACGCCAUGUUUGUGGACGUUCUGCACACCGACAUGAACUCGUUCGGGCUCCGAGGAGCUCACGGCCACAUUGAUUUCUACGCCAACGGUGGAAUCGACCAACCAGGAUGCCCCAAAACCAUCUUCUCAGGUAAAUCGUACUUUGUGUGCGACCACCAGCGCUCCGUGUUCCUGUUCCUGUGUGCCCUGAACCGGACCUGCCGGCUCACUGGAUACCCCUGCUCCUCCUACAGCCGCUUCCUGGAUGGACAGUGUCUGCAGUGUGACGCCUUCAAGCCAGCUUCCUGUCCUGUGCUCGGCUACAACAUCAGCCAGUGGAGAGACGCUCUGGUGAAGAUGGGACAGACCAAAGUCUUCUUCAGCACCACGGCCGCCCUGCCCUACCAGAAGCUGAGCUACAGAGUGGACAUGGUGACCUGGAACCAGUACCUGCGCUGGGGGGUCGUCUACAUCCGCCUGCACAGCGGCAGGAACUUCACAGAGGCCCAGAUAGACCAUAAGCUGCAGCGACUGGAGCAGUACACCUCCACUCGGCUGCUGGCCCAGUUCGACGAGGAUCUGCAGAACGUCCAGAAGAUCUCCAUGAGGAUCAACACCGGGAACAUCAUCGGCCCUCGCUACAAGAUCAGGCUGCUGAGGAUUCGCUUCACUCCGCUGGAGCGACCCGACAGGCCGGUGAUGUGCCGCUUCGACAUCAUCAUGGAGGAAAACACAGAGGUGGCGUUCAGACCUCUGCCCUGCGACUCUCGCCUCUGACGUUUCCAUGGAAACCAACCCGACUGAAACCCGGGUCGGACUCGGCUCUGACUGGUGACCUGCCGCCGCUGUCGGUCGCCCCUGGUAACCAGAACCAGGAAGUGGACCGUUGAUGCUGAGGACAGAUUAGAACCAGAGAUGAAACUCUGGAUUAUUAAUCCAGUCGGCUUCAGUUACUCAGUGGCUGCAGAGGCUCGUUUAAUAAAGAGGUCCGUUAAAGACUUAGCUGCUAAACAGAGAACUACAUAUUCAUUACAUUCAUGCAGUCUGUUCAUUGGCUGCAUGUUACCUUUUAAAGUAGCCUUGAUAAUUAUCUCUGAAGCUGUUUUUUGGCGACUGGCUGCUGCUUUACUCAGGUUAAACACACAGAAACUCAAUAAACUCAGCAAAGAACCAGUUUAAACUGGAUCUUUAGUUAGCAGCAGCUCAUCACAAAGACAAAAACUAUGAUUUUUCAUGUCAUUUUAGGAAGGUAGAUAAUUUGCAGUUGACCAGAAUCUGUUCAUUUUUAGCUUGAUCCAUCCUUACUAAUGACCUGCCCGCUGGAAAAUCACUAAUUUCAUCAGCAAACACUCUUCAGUGUGGAAGGAAAGGUGUCAAAUCAAAUGAAACACAAAAGCAGCAGGAAGUUUAAACUGUUCAUUCACGCAGAGAGCUGAUGAACGUUUCACUGCUUUUCAUUUCAUAUUUACAGUUUUAGAUGUUUCCUGUUUGACGUUGCAGGUAACAAGGACUUUUUGCCAAUUUGAUAAAAUACCAAAUUGUAGUCAUAAGAUGCAGAAAUGUAUUUUUAUAGUUUAAUUACUAAUAAAAACUCAUGACAGGAAUGAAAAUCUGAAUAUGGUGCGUUACUUAUCUAUCUUCACUUUUACAGUCUGAACUAAAAAGUACCAAUAUCUCAUGAUCUGCUAAAUGUCUUAACUCUUCCUGUCCAGAUUAUGAGAAUGUUUGAAGCCAUGUUGCUGUUUAUUUCUAGAAACUUCAGAUCAGUCUCAGGAUUGUAAAAACACAUUUCUUCUAUCUGUGCCUUUUUUUCAGCAGCUAUGACUAUUUUUAAUCUGCGGCUCCUUUUAAAGAUCCAUCUGAAGAUGCUAACAUUUCUGCUGCAGUGAUGUGAGGAAUCCUACUAGGACGUUAUUAGUAGUGAAUGUGACACACUGAGCAGCAGAUUCUCUUCUGUACGAUUUAUAGAAAAUAUCUGCUUUUUUGUGCAUUAUUUUCACACUGUGUCAAAAAAUACAAUAAAAACCAAUGAAUCAA